AUGGGCAAACAACCUGGGUCUCGGGUGCCCUGUAUUCGUUCUCAAGCACUCCGAGGCAAGCAUCAUCCGUCACCAUACGUUGAGGGAGUUCCUCCGCAACGUGUCAUUGUGCCUCCUGCACCCUCCAACCAGGCUAGUAUGGACAGAUUCUUCUUGAGAGCAGCUGCUCCAACGUCUCGUCUUGAUUUUCCGGGUACCUCACAAAAGCCCCUCGUACUUGGUGAGACGGACGACAAUACCGAUCUCAACAGCAUUCUGACAGCAGACGAGCACCAAACCUUCCCUGAAGAUCUUGAACAGAUCGACUCCUCCGGUGACUAUUCCGUCAAGGACCAAAGUGGCAGCAACAUCGGGACUUUUCCACUGCUUGUUGAUGAAGAACGUCGAAAGAAAAGAGCAUUGGAAAGUUCACCUGCGGCAAUCUCCCUAAAUGGCGGCAUCAGAUCCUUACACACGCCUCCUACUGAGAAGACUCUCUUUCAAGAGGAUGAUCAUCCGGACAACAGAAAGCUUGACCUCACUUCUUGGUCGACAGCAUAG